CAGUUUUAUUUAUUUAUUCCAUUUUCGAUUCAGUCUCUUCUUAUUCCCAUUUUUUUCAAACCACUUGUAGCAAUUCGAAUCAGAUCUUCAAACCAAAAAAAAAGGAUUUGUUUUAGAUUGUUAAAUCGAAGAUGUCGACUGAAUCAUCGAGGGAAGAGAAUGUUUACAUGGCGAAAUUAGCUGAACAAGCUGAACGUUAUGAAGAAAUGGUUGAAUUCAUGGAGAAAGUUGCGAAAACCGUUGAUGUUGAGGAACUCUCUGUUGAAGAGAGGAACCUUCUCUCUGUUGCUUACAAGAACGUGAUUGGAGCAAGGAGAGCUUCGUGGAGAAUCAUUUCUUCGAUUGAGCAGAAAGAAGAGAGCAAAGGGAACGAAGACCAUGUUGCUAUUAUCAAGGAUUACAGGGGAAAGAUUGAAACUGAGCUUAGCAAAAUCUGUGAUGGGAUUUUGAAUGUUCUUGAAGCUCAUCUUAUCCCAUCUGCUUCACCAGCUGAAUCCAAAGUGUUUUACCUUAAAAUGAAGGGAGAUUAUCACAGGUAUCUUGCUGAGUUUAAGGCUGGUUCUGAGAGGAAAGAGGCUGCUGAAAGCACUUUGGUUGCUUACAAGUCUGCUUCCGACAUUGCCACUGCUGAGUUAGCUCCCACUCACCCAAUAAGGCUUGGCCUUGCCCUCAACUUCUCUGUGUUUUACUAUGAAAUCCUGAACUCGCCUGAUCGUGCUUGCAGCCUCGCAAAGCAGGCAUUUGAUGAUGCUAUUGCUGAGUUGGAUACAUUGGGUGAGGAAUCAUACAAGGACAGUACACUGAUCAUGCAGCUUCUUAGAGACAAUCUCACUCUCUGGACUUCAGAUAUGACAGACGAAGCAGGAGAUGAGAUCAAGGAGGCAGCAUCAAAGCCUGAUGGCGCAGAGUAAACCCGAAGAAGAGGAAGUCACUUUAUUUUAUAAAAAGUAGAAACUUUCAUGUGAUAAUCUGAGUGAGGGAUAGCUCAGGAUUCUUAUAAGGACACAGUUUUAUUGUUGUUUGUUUGUUUGGUAAACAAUUUGAAAACUACUUGCAAUUGAUUCUUCCUUUAGGUUCCUCAAAAUUUCCUAUUCUCCUAAUGAAAUCAAAACUUGUUUUUCUUCU